GGUGUGCUCCGCUCGGUUUCUCUCCGUAGAGGUUUGUUUGUUUUAAUCCCUGUUUUUCAAAAUGAAUAGUCCCGGCAUGGCUAACCGAAAUAUGCAGCAAGCGAGCAUGCAAAGCAGCAAUUCUCCGCAAACACCGAAACAAGGUACCGAGUCUCCUCCCGCGGAGCAGACAGCGACAAACAAAGACAGCCCUGCCCCGCCGCCGCAGCCUUCUACCCCAGCCGAAGGAGCCGAUGGAGCCGGAGAGGGAAGCGGAGAAGGUCCUGCAGAAAUGACGCUGGAUAUCACAAGCUUUCGGAAGCCCGGUGAGAAGACGUUCACCCAGCGCUCCCGCCUUUUUGUCGGCAACCUCCCAGUGGACAUACCCGAGGAAGAGUUUAAAAACAUGUUCGCUAAAUACGGAAACAUUAACGAGGUGUUCAUCAACCGGGACCGCGGUUUCGGCUUCAUUCGUCUGGAAACACGGGUGCUGGCAGAAAUUGCUAAAGCUGAGCUCGAUGGGACCAUCCUGAAUAACCGACCAAUGAGGGUCCGCUUUGCAACACAUGGCGCUGCACUCACAGUGCGCAACCUGUUGCCUGUUGUAACAAAUGAGCUGCUGGAACAGGCGUUUUCACAGUUCGGGCCGGUGGAACGGGCUAUUGUGGUGACAGAUGACCGUGGUCGUCCCACCGGGAAAGGCAUCGUAGAGUUUGCAAACAAAAUAGCUGCAAGGAAAGCCCUGGAGCGCUGCACUGAGGGAGCGCUGCUGCUAACUAGCACACCUUGCCCUGCCAUUGUGGAGCCCUCAGAGCACUUUGAACACGAGGAUGGGUUGCCUGAAAAAAUUAUGCCGAAGCUUCCAAAGUACCUAAAGGAAAGGGAGCAGCCGCCACAUUUCGCUCAGCCGGGGACGUUUGAGUUUGAAUACUCAUCUCGCUGGAAAGCUCUGGAUGACAUGGAGAAACAGCAGAGAGAGCAGGUGGACAGGAACAUUCGAGAGGCCAAAGAGAAACUGGAGGCUGAGCUGGAAUCAGCCAAACAUGAACAUCAGCUAAUGCUAAUGAGACAAGAUCUAAUGAGGCGUCAGGAGGAGUUGAGGAGACUGGAGGAGCUUCGGAACCAGGAGCUGCAGAGGCGAAAGCAGAUAGAGAUGAGGCAUGAGGAGGAGAGAAGAAGAAGAGAGGAGGAAAUGAUGCGAUACAGAGAACAGGAGGACCUGAGACGCCAACCAGAAGGCUUUAAACCAAACGUAAUGGACAAUAGAGAACAGGAAAUGAGAGUGGGUGAGCUGGGCCCUCGUGGAGCCAUUAAUAUGGGAGACGGCUAUAACCAGGCCUCUGCGGGGCCCGGUGCUAACCAGGGUCAAAUGAUGGGCAUGAGUGGAAGGGGAGGAGCCAUUGGCCCAGAGGGAACUGCAAACAUGGGCUCACCAUUGAUGUCUGACAAUGGAGCCAUGCGAAGCAAUAGAUACCCACAGGGUGGAGCAAUGGGGGGCAGACCAGAGGUAGAGUCCCCAAAGCAGCAGCAGCAACAGCAGCAACAGCAGCAACAGCAGCAGCAGCAGCAGCCACCGUUAGGCCCCCAGGUUGGACCAGCCCCUGGAUUUGGAAGGGGGAGUCCAGGGGUAGGGGAAGUCUUUGAUGGGCCAAAUAACAAACGUCGCAGAUACUAACUUGUCUCUGCUCAGAGAAAUCCCAAUCUCAUGUUACUGGCCAGUCCCAAUCAUGGUUUCUUUGUUUUUACGUUGAGCCCUUUCCCUUCCUGUGGAUUUGUUUGCUAAACUUAUUUUGUCACUUUUGUAUUUUUGUUUUUAUUUUUCCUGUAAUGCAAGUUGUCACUGACAGCAUUUAUUAUGUGAUUGAUGAAACUACUGGAUAAUGCUUUUUAUCUCCACCUACCUGCAAUGUUAAUACACAGUAUUUUUCACAUGUUAGUUUCCCCUCUGAUUUUGGAAUGAAACGGUUAGUUUUUUCUUUCACACAGC